AUGUUACCAUCGACCGGAGUUGACCAGACGACCGACAGCUCUGGGAUAGAGCCUGGAGCUGGUGGGGUCGGCUUGUCAGACCCGAAGUACUCGACGGUUCGGCGAAAGCUGCUUGAUCUAAUCAAUCGUCUGCAUAACACAGGUGUUCAGCGAGACGUUGAUUUACCGGUGAUUGCUGUCAUCGGCAACCAGAGUGCGGGGAAGUCGUCCCUCAUCGAGUCCAUUUCCGGCAUCACCCUUCCGAGGGCUAGCGGUACCUGUACGAGGCAACCGUGGCAAUGCAUUGUCUCGCUCCGGUUCGUCACCGACCAACAUGGCCAAGCGCUCGGCCAUGCGCGCAAUGAGAUCUUCGGCGACACCAUAUACGACAAGGCUCAGGUCGAGGAGCGGAUUAGACGUGCUCAACGCGCUGCCCUGAACCCUGGAACCAAGGCAUCUCAGUUCCUACAGGGAGCCGACGAAGAUCCGGCAUGCCCCGAACUGUCGUUCACAACCAACUGCGUGUGCCUUCAGAUCCGCGGCAGCGACGUCGCCGAUCUGUCUUUCUGCGACCUUCCAGGUCUCAUCAGUAGUGUAGGCAAGGGCGGGAAGGAGUCUGACAUUGGGCUUAUCACCAGUCUUGUCACGUUUUACAUCUCGAAGCCAAGCUGCAUCGUGCUCCUCACUGUAGCUUGCGAAACUGACUUCGAGAAUCAGGGCGCGCACCACCUUGCCAAGCAGUACGAUCCUGAAGGCAAGCGCACCAUAGGUGUGUUGACCAAACCGGAUCGCAUCCCUUCGGGCGAAGAAGCCCAGUGGACUCGUUUCAUCAAGAACGAGUAUGAGCCGCUCGACAAUGGAUGGUUCAGCGUCAAGCAGCCCGACUCGCGCGCUCUCGCCUCCGGCAUCACUUGGGCGGACGCGCGCCUGCAUGAGCGCGAGUACUUCUCGUCGGCAUCUAUCUGGUCGGAACUCGAUCCUGAAUAUCAGCGAUACCUCGGUACGGCCAACUUGACCGAACGACUCAGCCAGAUACUGUCUGAGCUGAUCGCGAAGCGGCUGCCGGAGUUGCAGGACGAACUGCAGAAUCUUCUGCAGACCACCGAGGAGGCCCUCCGUCAGCUUCCGAAACCGCCCUCGAAUGAUGCCUUCGCGGAGAUCCUCCACCUCCUAUCCAACUUCGCCCGGGACAUGUCCAAGCACUUGGAGGGGACUCCGGAAGGGAACGGUCUCCUGCAGACCCUGAGGCCGGUGCAAGAGCGAUUCAGAGAGGCGAUCAGAGAGACCGCUCCUGACUUCCGACCUUACCAGCGGCGUACGAAGGGUUCCAGAUGCCAAACCGAUAGUUCGGAAGCAGCGCAGCUCCAGCAGGCCGAGUUCCUGCAGGCCGAGGAACCUCAUGCAUGGAAAACCGUCAACGAUAAUCACGCCAUUUACGUUGAUGAAGUGAUGCAACGUGCUAGAGGGGCUACGACACGCGAGCUGCCUGACUACUACCCUUAUAUGGUUGUCCAACAAUAUAUCAGCGCAAUCACCGUCAAAUGGGAUGUCCCGACGAAGAACCUCUUCGACGCCAUAGAGAGAAUAUUGACGACAUACGUAAGGCAGAUCGUCACGCAGCACUUCGCAAAGUUCGCGCACGGUGGACUGCAACAAAGCGUAGUGAAUAUUAUGAAUGAACACAUCAAAGAGUGUUGCACUCAAACCAUAGCUCGAGUCUCCUGGAUCCUCGCCCUGGAGCAGCGUCCAUGCACGCUCAAUGGACACUACUACUCUAACUAUCGGGAUACGUUCAUGUCGCGUUACCGUGCAUACAGGACCAACAGCAGUUCCAGCGACUUGAUGUCCAAGUUGGAGCGGUAUCCAUCAGCCUUGCGCUCGGUCAAGAUGACGACGGAUUUCCAAUUGGAAGUCACGACAGUGCUCUCUGGGCUGAGCGCGAUAGGCAUUUCUGGUACCAAAGCAACAGAUCUCCCCAAGCUCUUACCCACUGAUCCGUACGAGCCCGCACUGAACAUCAUGGCUUGUGUUCGUGCGUAUUUCCAAGUGGCGUACAAGCGAUAUGUUGACUACGUGCCUAUGGCAGUCGAUCACGAGCUCGUGCUCGGUCUCGACAAAGACGGUGCAUUGGAAAGCGUCUUGCUGAAGGGCUUGGGUAUAACGGGGCCAGAUGGCCAGCGGCGCUGCAAGGACUUCCUCCAAGAACCUCCUAAUGUCGUCACUCGCCGACAGGAGUUGCAGAAGAGGUGGGAGCGAUUGGACACGGCGAAGAAGGAACUCAUGGACAUUUGGAUGUGAACGUCGGAAACGCAAAAUGCUGCCUUAGGAUCACUUUCUUGUCCUGUAUUGAUGUUCGCAUCUCGUGUUGACGUGGAGAUAAACCAAUGUGAUAGAGAAUUUGAAUACAUGAGCUGUAC